AUGAUUUCGUUGCAAAACGGAGCUCGGCCGGCUGUGUUUGGUUCGGCUCGCGAUGAUGCCGUCGGUGGCUUCCAGGUGAAGCUGGAGCCGUCUGCUUCGGUUUCGUCGGCUUCUUCGGCUCCGCUGAGUUUGUUGCCUUUUAAAGGCCGUGAUUCUCAUCAUGAAGUUGAUGAAGAUGCACAUUUAGCGCUAGCGCAUCAGCUGUACAAAUCUGGGAAUUACAAACAAGCAUUAGAGCAUAGCAGUGCUGUUUACGAGAGAAGUCCGCAGCGGACUGAUAAUCUUCUUCUUUUGGGUGCUAUUUAUUAUCAGUUGCAAGAUUAUGAUACGUGCAUUGCCAAAAAUGAAGAAGCUCUUAGGCUUGAACCGCGUUUUGCAGAGUGUUAUGGAAACAUGGCGAAUGCGUGGAAGGAAAAGGGUGAUAUUGAUCUUGCCAUUCGAUACUACUUGGUUUCAAUCGAGCUUCGACCCAACUUUGCUGAUGCUUGGUCAAAUUUGGCUAGUGCAUACAUGCGAAAGGGAAGACUAACUGAGGCAUCACAGUGUUGUCGUCAGGCCCUGGCAUUGAAUCCUCUUCUGGUUGAUGCUCAUAGCAAUCUUGGGAAUUUAAUGAAGGCACAAGGAUUGGUGCAAGAAGCAUACAGUUGCUACCUUGAGGCUCUACGGAUACAACCAACAUUUGCUAUUGCGUGGUCAAAUCUUGCUGGUCUCUUUAUGGAGUCUGGUGAUCUUAACAGAGCUCUUCAAUAUUAUAAGGAAGCUGUAAAACUUAAACCUAAAUUUCCUGAUGCCUACUUAAAUCUUGGAAAUGUUUAUAAGGCCUUGGGAAUGCCUCAAGAGGCUAUACUGUGCUAUCAGCGAGCAGUUCAGACACGACCAAACUAUGCAAUGGCUUUUGGAAAUUUGGCUAGUACAUAUUAUGAGCGAGGCCAACCGGAUCUGGCAAUUCUUCAUUAUAAGCAAGCCAUUGCUUGUGAUCAGAGAUUUCUCGAGGCUUACAAUAACUUGGGCAAUGCAUUGAAAGAUGUUGGUAGAGUGGAUGAAGCAAUCCAAUGCUAUAAUGUAAGGAACAUGUCUGCUGCUGCUGCUUCAUGUUACAAGGCUACUCUGGCUGUCACGACGGGGCUGUCUGCUCCUUUCAAUAAUCUUGCUGUAAUCUAUAAACAGCAGGGAAAUUACUCAGACGCUAUAUCUUGCUAUAAUGAGGUUCUUCGAAUCGAACCCUUGGCAGCUGAUGGACUUGUAAAUAGGGGCAACACUUACAAGGAGAUUGGUAGAGUAACCGAGGCAAUUCAAGACUACAUUCAUGCUAUCACUAUCCGACCAACCAUGGCUGAAGCCCAUGCAAAUUUGGCUUCAGCUUAUAAAGACAGUGGACAUGUAGAGGCUGCAAUAAAGAGCUACAGGCAGGCGCUGCUUCUGCGACCAGAAUUUCCAGAAGCAACAUGCAACCUUCUACACACAUUGCAGGAUGUGAAUGAUCUAUGCAGAACAUUCUCUGUCCACUAUGCAAUGUCUGGUGUCAAUCCUGAUGAGUUUGCUAUCAAAUAUGCUUCAUCUCCCUCUUGUUGUGUCUGCUGUUGGGAGGAUCGUGAUAAAAUGUUCAAUGAGGUUGAAGGGAUUAUUCGGAGACAGAUUUCGGUGUCAGUUCUUCCUAGCGUGCAGCCUUUUCAUGCUAUAGCAUAUCCUAUUGAUCCAGUGCUUGCGCUUGAAAUCAGUCGUAAAUACGCCGCUCAUUGCUCUAUAAUUGCAUCUCGUUUUACACUUGCUCCGUUCAAGCAUCCUGCCCCUCUUCCUGUUAAGCAUGAACGUGGAAGCGGGAGACUUAGGAUUGGAUAUGUGAGCAGUGACUUUGGCAACCAUCCCUUGUCGCACCUUAUGGGAUCUGUAUUUGGUAUGCACGACAGAGAAAAUGUUGAGGUUUUCUGCUAUGCCUUGAGUCCAAAUGAUGGAACUGAGUGGAGGCAGCGUACCCAGUUUGAGGCUGAGCAUUUUAUAGAUGUGUCUACCAUGUCAUCAGAUGUGAUUGCCAAACUAAUUAAUGAGGACAAGAUACAGAUCCUUAUCAACCUUAAUGGGUACACCAAGGGUGCCAGAAAUGAAAUAUUUGCUAUGCAGCCCGCACCCAUACAGGUUUCAUAUAUGGGAUUCCCAGGGACCACAGGAGCAACAUACAUUGAUUAUUUAGUUACUGAUGAGUUUGUUUCACCCACCCGUUAUGCGCAUAUUUAUUCUGAAAAGCUGGUUCACCUGCCGCAUUGCUACUUUGUGAAUGAUUAUAAACAGAAAAAUCUGGAUGUGUUGGAUCCAACACGCCAGCACAAGCGAUCGGAUUAUGGUCUCCCUGAAGAUAAAUUUAUAUUUGCAUGCUUCAAUCAGCUGUACAAAAUGGAUCCUGAAAUCUUUAAUACUUGGUGCAACAUUCUUAAACGUGUACCCAGCAGUGCACUUUGGCUCCUUAGGUUCCCUGCUGCAGGGGAAAUGAGACUUCGCUCCUAUGCUGUUGCUCAAGGAGUGCAGCCAGACCAAAUUAUAUUCACAGAUGUUGCCAUGAAACAAGAGCAUAUCCGACGCAGUGCCUUGGCAGAUUUAUUUCUCGACACGCCAUUAUGCAAUGCACAUACCACGGGAACAGAUAUUCUGUGGGCAGGUUUACCAAUGGUGACCAUGCCCCUUGAGAAAAUGGCUACUAGAGUUGCUGGAUCUCUUUGUCUUGCCACUGGACUUGGGGACGAGAUGAUUGUUAGCAGUAUGAAAGAAUAUGAAGAGAGGGCUGUCUCUCUUGCAUUAAAUCGGCCCAAGCUUCAGUCUCUUACAAAUAGACUGAAGGCAGUCCGUACAACUUGCCCUCUGUUUGACACAAGACGCUGGGUUAGAAACCUGGAGAGGUCAUAUUUCAAAAUGUGGAAUAUUCAUUGCUCAGGCCAGCAGCCCCAUCACUUUAAAGUUGCUGAAAAUGAUUUUGACUUCCCUUACGAUAGAUGA